CCCUCUUUCAAGAGCUUCCCAAUGCGUAUUGAAACUUGCACGCAAGGCCCUCACCCUCUUCCUAGCCUUCCUGCGCCCACUGGACUAACAAAUAUAUGUAGAUCACUUCGACAGGCAUAGCAGCGUCCAGGAAUGAGCACCGUUAUAGGGUUACUGACAGAGAGGGAUGCGCGAGGCCUUUCAGAAUACAUCGAGUCGCUGAAGGAUGUCCAAGAUGAGCACGAUGUCAACACCUACAAGCCGAACCGACCGGAAACUGAAGGGGAAAGUCUAACCGCUCCGACAGAUGACGAAGGUCCCGAUUCUCGUCGGCCGCCUCGGAUUCGCACCGGUAGUCAUGAGUCGUCGAAGUCCGUUGAAUUGGAAGAAUUGAACAGAGCAGACUCGGAAGGGAACACGCCCGUUCAUUUCGCUGUAACAUCGAAUUUGGAGUGUCUUGACGUACUAUUAUCAGAGCCAAGCAUAGCCGUUAAUUCGCCAAACACGAGUGGUGCGACACCACUCCAUAUUGCGGCCGCCGAAGCCGACAUGGCGAUAGUUAAGCGCCUGAUACGCGCUGGUGCCAAUGCUCAAGUCGCAGAUUCAGAGGGGAAGCGACCAGCAGAUUGUGCCACAGACCCGGAAAUCCGAGCGUACUUGACAGAGCAGAUUGCGGUGCCAAGGCCUGUCCCUCCAAAGCGAAAGAGCUCCCAUCUCAUCGAGCUGGAAUCACAACUACCGCAAGACUUCAACACAUUGAAAGCGCUAUGCAUAGAUCUCGUUGUGUCGCAGAGUGUCUUCCAGGCUAGAUGCAAGGAAACAGUCCGACAAUUGCUCGAAGAGAAGCACGUUGCUUUGCAUAAGAAUCGACUAUUAGAGGCAGCAGCGGGGAUCCAGGAUAAAGAAACCAGCGAACGCUUCAUUGAUCAACUCCACUCGCUGCAAGAUCACAUCGAGAAACAGGCCAACACUAUAUCGUAUCUUGAGACCAGUCUCCAGCUAUUCGAAUAUGCGGCAGCGCAACAGGACGAGUACUACCGGAAAAACAUGGCGGAUCUGACAAAGCAGCACCACAGCCAGUUGCAGGCCAUCAUGCGGCGGAGUGAGGAGACUGAAAGCUCAUUUAUGGCAUAUCAGAAAGCGCAUUCUCUUGAAACAGCCGAGCUUCAAAGACUGCGAACGGAAUCCAAUCUACAGGACAAAGCGAGAGAAACAAUGCCCAGAUCCACCGCAAUUCCCGCCGAGCAACGCACGCUGCUUGCAGAAACACAGACUCUCCGCAAGCAACUGUCUGAUGUAAUUGCGGAGAAGGUCGCUGUCGAUGAGCGGCUGAAGUUGACCGAGAAGCUAAAGGCGCUGAGCGAGGAGGAGACGGUCGCACUUCGAGAAGAUAUGGGCAAGCUCCGCCAAAGGAUGCAGCAAGAGGUCCUCAAACAACUGCAAACAACACGAGAGGCAAAAGAUGACGUGGAUGAGUCCAGCGGGAACAUCGUCUUCAUCCGCGGUGAAGGUGGCCAGAAACGUCUGAAAGGAGGAACGCGAGAAAAGCUUUUAGAGCGGCUGAUAGAUCCUGCUGUCCAUGAUCACCAUUUCCAGGAGACGAUUCUGCUUACACAUGGAUCGUUCAUGUCCACCGGCGAAAUGCUGGAAGCGAUUCUUGCCAAAUACCGGGAGAUUGCGAAAGGCAAAGAUGAAGAAGCUUCCUUGCAGUCGCCUAUCCUGCUUCGCAUCGUCAACCUACUGAAGUUCUGGAUUGAGCAUCAUUGGAGGGAUUUCGAGGAUGAUGAAAAUCUGAAGAAGGUGCUCGGGGACUUUAUCGAGGACUCGUUCAAAGAGAGCAAGAUGGGUCUCGGUCUGCGAAUAGCUUUUGAACGCAAGACCUCCGAAGUGAUGGAAUCGGAAGACCUCUUGCCGGUGGCACCUAAGCCGCUACUCCCAAAGUUUCUAGCGAAACGGUACUCCCAAGACGUUUCAUCGAGCCUCAUGUCAGGCAGCAGCAAAACGCUGUCGAUACUUGCCGAUAAGCCGAGCGGCUGGGUGCCGUUUGGAGGGGGGAAAGGCAGCAAAGUUCUGGAAGGAGUGGAAGAGGUUAAACUGAGGUUCCUGGACCUGGAGGCUAUUGAGCUGGCAAGACAACUGACGUUACUGGAGUUUGACCUGUUCAAGAGCAUACGGUCCAGCGAAUAUCUGGAUUUGAACUGGAUAGGCGACAACAGAGAGACCGACGCCCCGAACAUCUUACGGAUGACAAGGUGGUCGAAUCAUGUUGUCCAAUGGCUUGUCACCGAGAUAGUGACCGCGAAGGAUAAUGUGAAGACACGUGCUGCAGUCUUUGAGAAGACUGUCGCGUUAGGGCAGGCUCUCGACAAGUUGAAGAACUUCAAUGGAGUGAAGGAGAUUGUAGCUGCCCUGCAAACGUCAUCGGUGUAUAGAUUGAAAAAGACCAAAGAGGCUGUGAGCAGCAAGUAUAUGCGCAUGUACGACGAGCUCGUGAAAUCUGUUUCUAGCGAGUUGAAUUACAAGCAUCUGCGAGCUGCAAUACGCGCCAGCGAUCCGCCCCUGAUUCCCUUCCCUGGACUAUAUCAAGGUGACCUGGUCUUCAUCGACACCUGCCAAAAGAACAAAAUCGACGGCGGUCUAAUUAAUUACCAGAAACUCGAGUCCAUAUCUCGGACGCUGAUGGAAUUAGAAGCAUAUCAACAAGUGCCGUUUGCGUUAGAACCCAUCACCGAGAUCCAGGAUUACAUCCGAAAUCAUGUCAACCUCGAUGACGAUCAGGCCUACAAUGCCUCGCUGGCCUGUGAGGCUAAACCUGGAGCGAGCUGAGGAUCGGCGUCACUUUCAACAACUCCUUCAUUCCCACGGUCUUCUCAUAUACGGCCAUACUGCAGAUGCGACUACCCACCAUUGCCCUGCACAGGUCCACCACCUCUUGACAGCUCAAUAGCCUAUGGCGUAUUUGGCUGGAGUAUCCAAACGCAUGUACCCGCCCGAACACGCCCCACCGCAAUCACCUCACCAAUGCUUGUGCACGAACUCUCUCAUAGUAGAUUUACAAGUUGCCAUCAUCGGCGACGCCUCAGGCAGAGGUACAAUGAUGUGGAUGGCAGAUAACCACCACGGAAAAUGGGAUGGGGUGAAAUCUAG